AUGGACGAAUACUCUGUCCAACACACAGCUCUUAUUGACACUGGAGCAGAUGUUAAUUGCAUUAGAGAAGAUCUUAUUCCUCUGAGGUUCUAUGAGAAAACAUCUCAUCUUGUUAGUACUGCAAAUGGACAAUCUCUCAAAGCCCGAUAUAAACUCACUAAUGUGGGAAAGGAUGUGAGCAUAGAGAACAUGCAUCAAGGUUUCACUCAUGUCUUCGAAUCAACCUUUGAAAGCAUUGAAGGGAUUGCAGAGUACGUUUCACAUCCAGUGCACGUGGAAUUUUCGAACAACUUCCUCCCUGCAUUGGAGAAAGUCAUCGUCAUCGACUACAAACCUACACCUGCCUGA